UUCGUCGCGCGUGUGUCUCUUUCGUGAUCGCUCGAGCAAAAAGUCACCCUCCGCUACCGGUCGGUCGCGCGUAACUCGAUCGCGCGUGCCCCGAAAUUAUCCGCGCACAUUAUUCAAACGGGGUGAUAAAGUGCGACAAGAUUCGAGAGUGCCGCGACACUCGUCGAAAACUCGCUAUUGGAAACAUUUCUCGACGUCGCGGAAUCUUGCAACGGGGAUACAGAUAUAUAUCGCGAAACCGCAACAAAUUUUUCCUUCGGACACGACAAGAAAGAAUGGACUGGGGAUACUUCACAAGCGAGGCGAAAAUAUUGUUUUGAAUGACGUAGAGGUGUCGUAUAGUGAUCCAAAGUCGCGCGCUCUAAAUUCGCAACAAGUUGCAGGAGAGUGUGCUUUUUUUUUACGUUUUCCUCGACUCUUUCCGUUUCUCUUACGCGAGUGUGUGCGUGUUCGUAUGUGUGCGUGAUCGAAGAGGAUUAAUAUCGGUGAUGAUCCUGUGAAGUAAGCUGCGAGACGUAAUCGUUCUCAGUAAUGGCAACCGAAUCCUCGAACGUGAAACGGACUGUAUUCACGAACGAUUGCAUUCGAAGGAAAUGUCGUGUCCUGUGAUCGUGUGUUCUCCAGGGAUCCUUUGACGGUUCGAGGAGGAUAAACCCGUGGGCGCGGAUGAGGAGUUCGCGGAGAGCAAGUUCGACGAUGAGAAUUUGAGUCGUGCGGAAAGUGCUUUCAAGGGUGCCCGGGUCUUGGUUCGCGCGCGUUUCGUCAACGACGAGGGUUGCAGAAGACGACGAGUGCUGUAAAAAGGAGGCGGGGCGGAGUGUGUCGCUGACACGAGUUGACGCGACACAAAACGUGACGUGACGUGACACGACGUCGGGGUGUCGAGAUGCCUCGAGAUGAGAUGGCCCCUCUUGGAUCCGUCGCCUCGCUCCUCGCGCUUGUGCUCUACGCUUUCAGCAGCUGCCAAGCCAGGAUAACCAAUCAGGAAAUCGUGACAAUGACAGAUGCGGAAGCGGUGGUAGGAGGAAUUGCUCAGCUACCGUGCGACGUGAAACCGCCGCUCUCGGGGGACAAGCUGCACCUAGUUAUUUGGUACAAGGAGGAGGCGGAUACAGCACCGAUAUACAGUAUCGACUUGAGGGGGAGGAAUAGUUUGGAAAAUGGGGAUCACUGGCAGGAUCAGAGCCUGGAAAAACGUGCCUUCUUCAAGCACACCGAAACACCCGCGAAGCUCACCUUGGAAAAGGUUCGCGAGAGCGACGCGGCUGUUUACAGAUGCAGAGUUGAUUUCAAGCAGUCGCCGACACGCAACAGCAAAGUCAAUCUGACGGUCAUCAUACCGCCGGAGCAGCUUAGCAUAUUGGACGAAGGCGGAAGGUCUCAUAUUCCCUAUUACAUCCUCGGCCCGUACAGCGAAGGAGUGUCUCUCAAUCUCACGUGCGUCGCCGCCGGUGGGCGACCGCAACCACGAGUGACAUGGUGGCAAGGGACUUCUCUACUCGAUAACAGUUACGAGACCAUGGAUGCUAAAAGGGUCCGCAACGUGCUGCAAUUGGAAAAGUUGGGCCGCGAACAUCUGCGCACCUUUCUGACUUGCCAAGCUACGAACAACAACGUGUUGGCACCGAUAUCAAGUUCGGUGACACUCGAUAUGAAUUUAAAACCGCUCUGGGUCCGGAUUCAAGGAGAGAACCGUCCACUUAGCGCCGGCAAGACCUAUGAGAUAGGUUGCGAGGUUGUCGGAGCCAGACCGGCCCCGAAGAUCACGUGGUCUAAAGGGAACGCGAUACUGCGAAAUGCACGGGAAACGACGAGUCCUGACGGCAACAUAACAACCAGCGUCCUCACAUUCGUGCCGAGUAUCGAAGACGCCGGCAAGUUCCUCUACUGUCGCGCCAGCGUGGAAGAUAUUCCGGAGUCGGAGAUGGAGCAAGGAUGGAAGCUCAAUAUAUAUCACGAGCCUGUGGUUACCCUCGAGCUUGGCAGCAAUUUGAAUUCGAGCGCUAUUCGGGAAGGUAUCGACGUUUACUUCGAGUGCAACAUCAAGUCCAAUCCCUGGGUUUACAAGGUUUCCUGGCGCCAUAACGGCAAUCCGCUGUAUCACAAUCCGACGACCGGAACGAUAAUAAGUAAUCAGAGCCUGGUGCUGCAAAGCGUCACUCGCAGUAGAGCUGGGAUUUACACGUGCAUCGGCAAUAAUCAAGAGGGCGACGGUGAGAGCAAUCCACUGAACUUGGACAUAAAGUUCGUGCCGGUAUGUCAACAAGGCCAGACGAGGGUGUUCGGCGUGGCGCGACAGGAGACCGCGAGUAUUCCCUGCGAGCUGGAGGCGAACCCGCCGGAAGUAUCGUUCACUUGGAAAUUCAAUAAUACAAUGGAAGCGGUGGACAUACCUCAGGCACACGUCACCAGCGACCGUGCACGCUCGAUGGCCUCGUACACGCCGAUGACCGAGCUGGAUUACGGCACUCUCCUCUGUUGGGGCAGCAACGACCAGGGCAGUCAGCUGGAGCCGUGCGUCUUCCACAUCGUGCCAGCCGGUCGCCCGGACACGCCGCACAACUGCACCCUGUUGAACCAGACGACCGACUCGAUCUACGUGGAAUGUAUUGAGAGCUUCGACGGCGGGCUGCCUCAAAAAUUCACCAUAGAGGUGGAGCGCGAGGCCGGUUCGAGCAAGGGCCCGGCGACCGUCUACAAUUACACCAGCAAGGUGCCCACCUUCUACGUCGGCAAUCUGGACCCCGGCAGCAGCUACGAGGUCUCCGUUUACUCGACCAACGCCAAGGGUCGCAGCGAGACGGUCCGCUUUCGCGCCGCCACUCUGAAUCUGCCCGAGAGACGAACAGCAGGUGAAAGACUGGCGAAACCUCCCUCGCCGGAGAAUUGCACUAUUCGGGAGGAGAGCUGGACUAUGGUGCUGGUGAGCUGCGCCGAGAGCGAGUACUUCGCCCCGGGCACGGCUACCUACCUGCUGCAGGUCUUCGACGCCGACACCAGGCAUCUGCUGGCGUCCGGGACGAGCGUUUCGCCGAGUAAGGUCGAAGUGACGGAUCUGCCCGCCGACAGGAGUCACUCCGGCCUCGUGCUGUCCCUCAGGGUCAUGACGGCGCACGCGAUGAGCGAGGCCACGCUCCUCCACAGUCCGCACAUUGUACCGGAGGGUAAUACCCAGGAGCACCAGCGUUACCCAGCUCUCACGCCAGUUAUGCUGUCGCUGUCGGGUCCACUGUUGGGCGCCGUGGUAGGAGCCACAGCGGGGUUGCUCCUGGUGAUCUUCGUGAUCGUGCUGGCUGUCAGGCUACGCUAUCGACCCCGAUCUCAGGAGGACUCUCAUGACGACGGCGGGAUGGCGAACCUGGCGGCGUCGGGGACCGGCGCCUCGUCUCCCCAUGACAAAUCGUCGACCUUGCCCCUCAGCACCGAUAGCAUCGAGAGCUUCGAGAAGAAUCCCGAUAUAAUACCGCACGCGAACGAAAAUUCAUAUGCGGAACUAUGUAAAGGCACAUCACCACGAUACGUGCUACAGCAAACACGUUCGGAUACGACUACCUUCCCGGUGUCAAACAACCAGGGAACCGAGCUAACGUACGCCGAAUUAACGCUAAGGGGAAACCGGCGAAUACCUCCGAAUUGCUACCAGCCCGUGCAAAUCUCUGGCAAUCUCCAACGGCCCCAGCUGCUGCCCAUGUCGACUUUGACGCGCAGACAGCCGAUCCAAGAGCCGACGAUUUACGCGCAAGUCGCCAGUCAUUCUAAACCGAUUUACGUGCCACCGCCACACCCGUACAUGAAUCGUUCUAGCGACGAAACUACGGCGGAAACGCCAUUGAUCGGACACGACAAUAAGAUCACUACGAUCAGUCAUUCAGGCAACUCGAUCUGGCGUACCGACACGCCACCCUGCUCGAACGCGCCAACGACAUGAUUCCAACGACUUACCAGAGUAGAGCAGAAUAGAAAUCGAAGAAGAGGGGCGGAUGAAGCGAGAUAGCGCAGUUCCGAGGAUCAUGACCGAUCAUCGACGUAAUCCUUGCGAGCUUCAGUCUCAUCCGGAAAAUAUCCUGAGAAGUAAAACGAAAAGUUACAGUGAUGUCAUGUCUGUCAUGAUGAUAAUCGUAAAGAAUUCUCACGGAAACUUUGUCACGUGCGAUCCUACGAAGACUGAAUGAAACAGAGAUGCAGGAUUUGUAACGCGAAUAUAUGCAGGUGCCAUAUAACAGAGACGGGCUUGUUUCGAGUUGUGUUUGCUCGAUUAAUCGAAAAUCAAUUUACUAUACUCUAAAAAUAUGUAUAUAUAAUUAAUGUUCUGUUUAAGAUUUCUUUGUAUAUCGUAUGUUAAAACUAUAUUUAGUUGAAAUUUAGCGAUUUAAAAAAAAUUUGUUUGCCUUAUUAAAUUUUAAACGAGAAAUAUAUUUCGUAUUUACGAAUAGAAGCAACUUCUUCGAAAAAAAUAGUAUUUGAUAAAUGUGUCACUAUAUUUGACUCAUUUAAUAAAUAUAAAAUUUUUUUCUGACAAGUUUCUUGAUGUAUGCGUACAAGAGCAAUAAAAUAUUCAAAUGUUCCCAUUUCAAUGCCUCAUUACUACUUAUGGAAGAAAGUAUAAAUAUUGUGUUCUAAAAAGAAAACGUAAAAAUUUAAUCGCGUAUAAUCUGUUUUAUUAAUAUCAAUUAAGAGUUUAUAAAAAUAUAGGCUUUGUAGCUGAUGUUAAAACAUGUUUAACGGUAGCAUAAUAAGUAAUCUAUCUAUUCAUUAGAUCGCUCUAAAUAAUUCAUAUGGUAAAUUCAAGGAAAUAUAUUGAUUUAUAUAAUGUAAGUAAUCGCGCGCCCGUCUCUGACGUAUGAGUUUAUAACAAUGGGAGUGAUGUAAGAGAAAAAUUAAGAAACAAUAAAAAAUUAUGACUUUCCUUUCUUCUUUAUUUAGUUUGAUAGUAACUAAGAUAAAUAAUUUUACAUCGCUCUCAUUCUGGUUAACUCAUAAAAUCGCUGCGCGAGAGCAGCUGUUGUUCGAACGAAUUCGAUAUUGUUGUUGUAUAGUGUAACGAUCACGAUUCGUUUUAUCGAGGACGAAACGUGGCUAAAAAUCGAUGUCGAUUGUAAUAAAGAACGGUGUUCGCGCGUUAAAUACUCGUAUCUUUUCUUAUAUUGAGGACGACACUCGACAAUGUUGGCGAGUUUAGAAUGCGAAUCUCGCAAAUUACCUCUAUAAGGAAAAGAGUGCCGAGCAAUGCAACGUAAAAAAUAAAGUUGCAAAAAUGUAUAGAAAAUCUUUUCAAUCGUAUCCUUUAAAUAUUUGUAAAUGAUACCCCGAUCUUUCUGUUUCUCACUGCCGUACAAAUUCGAACAACAAUACUAAUUUAUAAGCAAUUUUUAUACAAUUGUUACAUGACGUUUUGUAACCGUAUUGGAAAAUACUCUGUUCGCAUAUAAACUUUAAUCACUUGUCUUUGAAUCACUUCUUCCGAAAUAGUAAAUAAUAUAAAGCACUAUCGAUUAACACAGACUCCGCUGUAUUCGCUCAAUGUCUCAAAUUAUAUGAUGUAGAUGUUGGAGGAAUCAGAAAUCUCACAUUCAACAGAAUGCGGCAACAAAAAAUUUACCACCAUUAACCAUAAGCUAAUUUACUUGCAGCAUAAUUAUUGAAAGAAUACAAAUAUGUAUGUAUGUAUAUGUAGAAUAUUAGAAAUAUUUUUU